CGGUAAUGCACUAUUUUGUUUGCUAGUCGCCGUAAAAGACCCAGAAAUAGAAGUAGUUUCGAAGCUUGAGGUUUGAGCUUAACGGAGGAAGGUGUUGCGUGUUUCAAAAGCUUUCAGGCUUGGAUCCAAGGUCCUGUGCCAUUUCUCUUGAACUCAACAAUUACAACUGUCAUGGCCACAUCCGUGGUCUAAAGUUUUUAUCUUUCUCUAAUUAAGGAAGUGAAAGCGGAUCAUCUAAGUUUUGGAUUGGGACUAGGGCCUAGGAAUAGGAUAAGCACCACUUCUGCAUCUACAACAAGUGAUCUAAAAGUCUGCAGGUGCCUCCAUUCUGUGUCAACAGAGGCAGUUACUCAACCACCAUGUCGGAAUCCCGAAUCUAUGUGGGGAAUCUUCCAAUGGAUAUCCAGGAGAGGGACCUUGAGGAUCUCUUCUUCAAAUAUGGAAAAAUCGCUGAAGUCGAAUUGAAGAACAAUAGAGGCACUAUACCUUUUGCCUUCAUCAGAUUUGAGGAUCCACGGGAUGCGGAGGAUGCGGUCUAUGGAAGGAAUGGAUAUGCAUAUGGAGAUUGCAAGCUGCGUGUAGAGUACCCUAAAACUACUGCUUCUAAAUUUGGCCCUAUGGGAGGUGGUGGAGGAGGAUCUAGGGGAAAGUUUGGACCCCCGGCUCGAAGGACUGAUUUCCGUGUCAUGGUGGCUGGGUUGCCACCAACUGGCAGCUGGCAAGAUCUGAAGGAUCAUAUGCGUGAGGCAGGGGAUGUUUGCUAUGCCGAUGUUCGAAACGGAGAGGGCAUGGUGGAGUAUCUGCGCAGAGAGGACAUGGAGUACGCGUUGCGCAGACUGGAUGGGGCUGAGUUUCGUUCACAUCAGGGCGAGACAUCAUACAUCCACGUGUUUGAGGACCGGUCUCAACCCAACUGGCAGCGGUCACGUUCGCGGUCCAGAUCCAGAGGUCGCUAUUCUCCUCCUUACCAGAACCGAGGAUCUCCUCUACGCUACCGAUCUCCUCCUCCACGCUACCAGUCUCCUCCACGUCACCCCAUGCAACGUUCCAGGAGGCCCCCUUCACAGUACAGCCCUCCACCACCACCACCACCACCACCACCACGUCAUUUUCGCUAAACAGGUCUGUCGUCCGUAGAACCUUUGGGGGAAGUGUUUAAUUUACUUUUUAUUUUAUUUUUGUAACCCCAAGUAUUCUCCUCAGACAUGUUGUUCUGUUUUGUUGAAAUGCAUACAUUCCAUGAUCAGAAUUCAACAAAUUUGUAUUUUUAUCUCCACCCGUAAAGCCGUGCCAUAAAUGGAGCGCUUGCCACCAUCAGGCACCAUCUUGUCACCCACGUGUGUGAUUGUGUAUUUCAACAAAAGUGUCGCUAAAGUUAUGCUCCAAACGUUGAUAUGUGAAUGUAGUUAUUUUGUAAUUGAGAAAAUAAAUGCAUUACCUCCA